AUGGAGGGUGCUCGACAAAAGGUGCUUGACAAGCUUCGCGAACAGAGCAUUCCAAGCUCACAGUUGUUCCAAGAGUUUCUCGUCGAGUACGAGCUCCUCUCUGAAUACCGACUCCUUCAGAAAAACGGGCCGCACACCGGCGUCUACAUUAUUCCAUCUGCCAAGUCGACGCUCAUCUGGUUCGGCGUCAUCUUCGUCCGCUCAGGCUACUACAGUGAUGCAGUUUUCAAAUUUCGAAUUCACAUUCCUCACGAUUUCCCCCAAAAUGAAAAGCCUCCCUUUGUCGCUUUCGAUCCUCCGAUUUUCCAUCCUCUCGUCGAUCAAAAAACGGGCGAGCUAGAAUUCAACAAAUUUAUUCCAAAGUGGCAAAGACACAAAGAUAGAAUCUGGCACGUGGUUCCUUGGAUGAGACGAAUUUUUUUGAAAAUCGAAACUGAAAAUCCGGCCAACCAAGAAGCAGCCGACUUGUAUCUUACAGACCUCGAACAAUUCAGAACCAAAGUCAAUAUCUGUAAAAAACUAAGUCAAUCAAUACUCUACGAAGAAGCUAAAACGAACGAUCCAAAUGAAAUUGAGUUUUCGGAAUUAUCAGAUGAGACGUUCGCAAAGCUUCGCGCCAAAAUGAUACGAAAUGGCGAAAAGACUCUCAAUCAACCUUUGAAAAAUUCUAGGAGCUGGAUGACAAAGGGAUCAACGCAGCUUUUCUCUAAAUAA